CCGAGGCGGGGACUGGGUGACGUUUCAUCAACCUGGCACCGAGAGGCUGGCGGCCGACAUUACUCGUCAGUGGAAACGAAUUUAACUCAGCUGCCGAUAAAAUGUCUUGAACGUUGCGCGAAGAGGGUAACACGUGACUGAAUCAUGUUCCUCCAGAGGGCUUGGUGGCUUGUGGUGACGCAUGUAUCCAUGCAAAUCACUUUAUGUUUGACAACUGAAUAUGCCUAUAUUAUUCCUGAGUCGCCAGUUAUUCAAAAUGGAUCGCAAAUAGAGGCAUCGUGCAUCCUUACUGAUACUUAUGUAAAAGAAAAUGGAGUGGAUGCAGAUCAGAUAUUCUGGACAUUGAAGGGAAACCGAAUACCAAAAGACAAUGUCAUCAGAGUCAAUAAAACAGUGUCCAAUGUAACGCUGACCAUUUCCACUGUUGGUCUUGGACUUCUGACCUGCAAUGUACAACAUAAUGAGGAUCAAGUAUCAACUGUCUUUGGAAUACAAGUUAAGACUGGAUUGCCUCCGGAGAAACCAAAAAACCUGACGUGCAUAUCAUAUUAUAAUCGGAAUUUGACCUGCUCCUGGGAUCCAGGAAAAGAGACAUACUUGCCAACCGAUUAUUAUUUUCAUUCGUCAAUUAAACAUGGAAACAAUGAGCUACACAAAUUGCCAGCUGGUGUGAACAACUCUUAUACAAUUUUAUACCCCUUAAUUAAUUAUUAUGUUCUAUCUAUUAUAUGGGUUAAGGCAAAUAAUUCCUUGGGCGAUGUAAACUCUGAUCAAAUACAAAUGGAUCCAAUUAAUGUUAUAAAACCCAAUCCUCCAGAAAUAACUUCCAUUAAACAAGUACCAGGAAUGAGCACAGUCUUGCAUGUAAUUUGGCAAAACCCAAAGCUGCCAAAGAUGUACAACUUGAAAUACAAUCUCCGAUACAAAAUUGUCAAUGCAAAGGAAUGGACACAGGUACCGCCUGAGGAUACAAAAUCAUCUCGAGAAUCUUUCUUGGUUCAAAACUUGAUACCUUUUAAUACAUAUAACUUCAUAAUUCGCUGUAGCCACGUUAAUGAUAAUGGCUACUGGAGCAACUGGAGUUCAGAGAAAAUUGGGAUGACUCCUGAAUCAGUGCCAACAGGAAGACCACACAUUUGGAGAACAAUUCAAAAUCUACAAGAUCCAAAUAGAAGAAUACACAUCAUGUGGAAGGAACUUGAUAAGUCAGAUGCCAAUGGAAUUAUUUUGCAAUACGAAUUGAAAAUUAAGCAAAAGAAUUCUUCGAAAAUCAAUACUACAGAUCGAGAGUACAGUAUUAACAUUUCGCAACUUGGUUGUGAAAUUUCGCUUAUUGCAAGCAAUUCAGUUGGCAGCUCUCCAGAGGAAACCUUAAUAGUACCUGGCACAUGGGAGACAGAACCGCCACCUGUAUUCAAUUUCAAUGCUUAUCCUCAAGAUGCUCGCUUGAUGGUGGAAUGGGAGCCACCCACGUCUACUAAAGUAGUUAGUAGCUACAUUAUAGAAUGGUGUGAAGUGUUCACCAAUGAUUUGUGUCGUGGGCCCUUGUAUUGGCAAGAGGAGAAAAAAACUGUGAAAAAAACUUUCUUAAAAGAUCACAUCAUGCCAUUCAAGCGUUAUCGUAUAACUAUUUACCCUCUGUACAGUGGUCGUCCAGGAGUUCCACGUUCAAAAUUGGCAUACUUGCAACAGGAUCGUCCAGUGAAUGGCCCUUCCGUUCAUCUGAAACAUGUGGGGAAAAAAGAAGUUGAAUUGAUGUGGAAAGAAAUACCUGUAAAUGAACAGCGUGGUUUCAUCACACAUUACACCAUAUUUUAUAAGAGUGGCAAUUCAAAUGAAUCAAGUAUUGUUGUUAAACCACAGCAGCAAGAGUUUGUACUGAAAUCAUUAAAGGGCAAUACUUUGUAUGUGGUACGUGUCAUGGCAUCAACAGUCAAAGGAGGCACAAACAGCUCUGAAGUUAAUUUUACUACUUCAAAUUUUGCAAAAGGUGAAAUUGAGGCAAUUGUGGUACCGAUUUGUCUAUCUUUCCUCUUAAUUACCAUGGCAGUGACACUACUCUGCUUCAAAAACAGGCAUCUGAUUAAGACCUAUGUUUGGCCAAAUGUUCCAGACCCUGCAAACAGCAAGAUUGUUGAUUGGUCAUCUAGAAAUGGAAAUCUUGCCAAGAAUAACCUGGGCCCAAAGGAUCCCAUGAAUCUGGAUGGCUUUAUUUCUGAUGUUACUAUUAUUGAAGCUGAAGCAGAUGAUAAAUACCCAUCUAAUGAGGAUGAAAUCAAGCAAUUGUCAUCUUUGAAGAAGGAAAAGAGUACUUCAGGAGAGCACAGCAGUGGUAUUGGAGGUUCUUCAUGUAUGUCGUCCCCUCGGCAAAGUGUUUCAGAUAGCGAUAGUGAGUCAGCACAGAAUACUACAAGCACAGUUCAGUAUUCAACGGUACUUGUGAGUGAUAAUGGUUACAAGCGUCAGCAACCAUCAGCUCAAGUUUUUUCACGGUCAGAAUCAACUCAGCCUCUUCUAGAAAAUGAAGAAAUAUCUGAUGAACAUUCAUAUGGCAAUUUUGGAAGCAGCAGUACGGAAGUGAAAAGACAGUAUUUUAAACAAAAUUGUCAUGUCAAGAAGCCCAGUUUGAAUGAGGAGCCCAGUUUGAAUGAACUUCCUUCAACUGAAGGUGAAGUCAUGGGUGAUAUAGACGAAGGUGGCUCCCACAGACUGGGUCAAAUGGAAGUUUCCGACCAGAAUUCUGAAGGAUCUUGUCCAGCUAUUGAAGAAUUCUCCAGCAAUGAUAACCAAACUGUUGUCAAACUCGACCUUUUGGGAUUUAGCAGAUGUUUAGAAACUGAUCAGCAAAGUUACAUGCCUCAGGGUGUGAAGCAUAACAGUUAUAUGCCUCAGUCAAAAUAAGUCUACACUUUGUGCUUGAGGUGAAACAUCUUUUAUUUUGGAGAUCAUGAGGAAAAAUGUGGACUCUUGUUUAAUCUUUAUAUCCUAAGCCCAAAUCAUUUGAAAUUUGACUAAUUGUAGUUAUACUACGAACAUUGUAUCAACAUGCCUUUAAAUAUUGUGUAUGUAAAAUCAUAGUCACCA